AUGAUACCGCAUUCUUCUGCUGGUGGCCAAUCGUGGGGUCACCCAAUGCGAACACUCAAUGGUGGCCCUGGGAGGAUUGAUGUAACACAAGUGUCGGCUCAAUAUGACCCGCCGUCCGUGAGCGCGUUACCGCCCUCGACCAUCUCGCAUUCUCAGCCGCAAUCCCAAACACAGACGCGCCAACCAGCAGUGGUUGACCUGACUGGUAGCGGAUAUGAAUCGCAUGAUAAAGAACCACCGCAGAAAAGGCUUAGACUAGAUGUAUCCAAUGGUCUCAAGGCCGGCGAUGCGGGUGUACCCGCGAACGGUGCGGAUAUGAGAAACACUCCUGGUAGCGCCAGUUCACGACCUCAACUCUCAUGGCGCGGCCGGCCCAUGUGGUCAUUUCAAGCCGUUGUCUCAGAAAUUCCGGGAAAUGAUUCACGGGGCGACAAUAUAACAAGCUCUCGACCACCCUCGCCACCCCCUUUCCCCGCCCCGCCCUGGAGCAAUAUCCCGUCUCAUCAAUUGGGAGACACCGGGUCAACCUCCAGGGGAACAUCUCCGGAGAAGAAAGUUCAAACAACGCCUUAUCAGAUCGAAACACCUUCUGUAGCCCCAGUGCUUACGAGAGAUAAUGUCGCUGAUUUCACUCCAUGGACUGGGAACCACCCGGAGGAUAUACUGAAUGAACAAACGGCUAAGCAAGGCUAUUAUGAUCGGACUCAGGUUUCUCAAAAUGAAUCAAACACUGCCCGCCCUGCGUUAUACGGGCAGUUGAAACAUCGAACAGGUCUGCAAAUGCUCUCCGCCGUGUUUUCCACUGCCCUAGAAAAACGCCAAAAUCAUAACACUGUCCAUGCUCCGUCCACGUUCAAGCCCCCUCCAAGAGUUACACUGACUGACAACAAACGGGAGGCCUGGCUCCGAGAUCUUGCCAACUCACAUGUACCACUACGUCGGUUAAGUCGAACCAUCCCCCACGGCAUUCGAGGCAAGGUGCUUCUGGACCAGUGUUUGGGGAAGUCAAUCCCGGUUGGAAGAGCAAUCUGGCUUGCAAAAUGCGUAGGUGCUAAUGAAAUUCGUGCCUUCAAAAGGAAAGGAACAAGUGGUGCUUUAGCCGUGGGCUUGGAAGCGAAAUGGGUGCGUGAUUGGACGACUAGUGUACAACAGUUUCUUGAGAGUGUUACCAGCGCACCUAAGUCACCCGGUUGGAAUACAAAGAUGAUAUAUGGGAUUGGGUUGACUGCUCGCUUGUUUUUCGAAAAUCUUCUUGAUCACGAUCAUUUUCUUGAAUGGUUUCUACUUUCCUUCGAAUCCGCAUCGCUCGCAACUGUCCCUAUUUGGCUUUUGAUGCUUGGUAUCUACUGGCACAACGUGAUGCGUUAUCGACGCAGAGGACGACGACUGGCUGAAAUAUUACUCGAAAAGCUUCGCCAGGCUACUGAAGCCAAAUUAGACACCCUUAAACCGCUCGUCGACAGGUUGUCUCGUUUUGUGAAAAAGCUGGCCCAUGAAAACGCUUCAUCAUUGGUUUUACCCAACUCAUGGGGCAUGUAUAAAAACCGGAUCACCUCAUGUCUUGACCUGUCUCGCACUCCGGACCGAGCGUUGUUACAAAACCUCACCGAGCGUAAUGCACGAGUAGAAAGACCUCAGCACCAUAAGCAGCCAAUACAACGCUCCGCUCACCAACACAUUAUUCGUCUUCUUGACUCUGUUCACUCUGCAUUGGAUGUUACCUCAAUAUCUGCGGCCUGUUUGGAUGCGAUUGACGAUAAAGCCAUUUUGGUUUCCAAAUUGCUUGAAUGGAUUGCUACUCCAUUUCGCCACGGAAUCUCUCGAGUAUACGUCGGUUCUCGCCUUUUGCGGAAGUGGAAAGCAGCAGGUGUUGAUAUAGAUGGUCACGUACUGACUUUUUUGUCUCACGUGGCCCGCUACAAGAAUCUAGACGUCAAGAAUGUCUAUCAUACCAUUUCUGAACUUGUCAGGUCACAGACAUUUUCGGUUGGCAGGUAUCUUCAAUGGCUGAUGGCCAAAGGUAUCACCGAUUGUUCUCACAUCGAAUCUUUACCAACACACCAAUUACCUAGUGACGUUGUGUUGAUAGCACAGCUUCCUCUCGGUCGCCUCCCUGAACAUGUCAAAAACCUCCGUAACACCUUGCUAUCUCGUACUGGGGCUUCCGUUGCGGAUGAAGCAAACAUAAUUUCCAGCGUCAAGGAUUUGAUCACACGAUGCCUACCAAGCAUCUACAAAGUGGACGCUCCUGUUCAAAUCUCACUCAUUUCGUUGCCGAUGGACCUAAGUUGGACCGUGAAGGCGGAAUUGAGCCAGUGGUUACGAUUAGGCAUAACCGAACAUACCCGCAGUGUCUCAAAUUCGACUACUCAAGUUUCAUUCCCUGGAGACCUCGCCUCCCCGGUCUCGAUGCUCACACCCGAUGAAUUUUAUAAUGUCCGUGACAUUUUAGAAAAGUUUGGUGACAUCUCCAUAUUGGCGGAUGUGUUAAAGGUUGCUUCAAGCUCUGACAAUGCCACUGUCCUUGCAUCAGUUGCUGAUACCACAAAUUGUCAUUUCGAUUCAUUAUCUGUGAUCGGAGCGACGUCGCAUUUGUUUCGUAAACUGGUGGAUGCGUAUGCUAGUAUAAAACGAUCCUGCGCGCCGAGUCUUGAUCUCAUCUUUUCAUUGAUUGAACUUGGAUUGCGUCUCCCCACUGAACUUCAUACAGUUGCGAUACUGCGGCAAGAUCUCUCUCGAAUGGAGAACAAGGCCGUUUUAGCUGCAUCGUCUCCGGUUUCUGAUCACAUUCCUGAUUCCCUCGGUGAUGCAGAUCCUCUUUUCCGGGAGAAGUUAGAUCAUUUUCUAUUCUCUGGUAAUGUCAUGGACGAACCGACACUGGAUGCGAUCUUCGGCACAUUAACAAAAAACUUGGAAUCCGAGACGAACAAGACGAAGCUCUCAGCUAGUGAUACCUGUCGAUCCUUAUCUCAGCUACGAUCAUUCCAACCAAAACACUUUGAUGGAAAACUAGCACGCUGGAUCUGUGAUCAUCUACGCUCUCAUGACCGUUCAAUUCUGCUCCGUGCUAUACCCUUUCUCAUUGGCGUCGGGUGCGUCACAAUCCGAUCAUUCUUGUCUCUUCUCAAGAGGAUUAAUCACUCCACGUCUGCAAGCACUGAAACCACAAACUUACCGGCGGAUUUUGUUCAGCUUCUUGUCUGCAGUGAACAAAAUAGUUGCCUCGACCUGGUCUCCUACAGAUUUAAUUUGGCACGAUCAGAGUUCCUAGUCAAAAAUUGUGAUAACGUUCUCGACGUAGUCUGUGAUGCCGCCACGUUUCUUCGUACGUGCGAUGGAUUCCAACAUGAGGACCUUGACGCAACUCUUGUGCGGCUCUUACGAGAAGUUCUUGUGCGAAACCCCAAUUUCCUUGAACAACAUUGCAUGAAAAGUCUGGUGAACGAAUACCCCGCCGCAAUCGGUGCGCUUCGAAAGGCGCUUGACAGUUUAUUGGGGGUUGAAUCGCAGAAAGAGCAGCGAAACGUCAUCUUCGAAGUUGAAAAUCUUGCAAGUACAACAGACGACUUUUCCCUCCCAUUUUGUCAAUUAAAACUUCAAAUCCUCUUCCAUGAAGAUUCAAGAGAUGAAGACCGUAACUGCAUUGCAGAUGCAAUGUUCAAAACCGCGGUCUCUAGUUCAGGCGCCUUGAAAUCCCACUGGAUCGACCUCGUUGCAUUGAUGAAUCCGGAUGAUGUUCGGCAAAUUCGUGAACGUGCCGAAAAAGAGUUCUUCUCUAUACCGGUCAUGGAAGACGAAUCAGAGAAUGAUCAUCCUUCGGCGGCAUCAGCGGCAAAAAUGUACCUUACAAUCAUUGAGGAGCUUGCCAGCAGCAUUCCUGAUGUAGGGACUCCCUCCCUUGCACCUGUACUUGUGGAGAAAUUGGAUGCGCUUUUGCACAAAGUUGUCGCUUUGCAAAACAGCUUUAAAUCCACAAAGAAUCUUCGAAAUGCAUCUGUUGGUAGUCAGGAACGACCGAAUGUGGAACGAUCUCUUGCAUUUUGGUUCUCGACUCUUCUUCGUAUGGUGGUUAUACAUCGCGCCUCGUUCAUGCACCCACCUGGUGUAAAGCAAUCCCGGCUUUUAAUCAUCAUAUUUUGUAUUGCACUCUCUCGACUUCCCAGCGACAUUCUUGGCUCUGACGACUUCCUGCGCCCGGUAUCUUCAAACAGUCAUACCUCCCAGCCAGGCAUUAUGUUGCAGACCUAUGCUCUCGAUGUCGCCGCAUCACUCAUUGAUGGGUUCCCGGAUGAAGUGCGUCACCAGUGUUCUCGAUUUCUGAGAGAAAAAUGCCCACCGUUCGCUAUUUUGCAGAAUGAUCCCCGAUUUGUCUACCUCCUGGGCCCAGUUGGAGACCUUACAACGACCAACCUUCUGCAGUCAACAUCUGCUCCAUCCCCAGUGGCAUCGGGCGCCACCCCUGGCUCAACUGCUAACGUGAAUGCUCCUUCUCACCUCUCACAACACCCUGCGACACCAUCUGGAACGCCUUCUGGCAUGGCUGAAACUGCCAACUUCACGAGUAAUCGAUUUCGCCUACAGAACCGGGGUCGGACUAUUGGGACAUAUCCAAUACGUCCUUGGGAGCUUCUCGAGGAUGCGGCUCCUUUUGUAAGCGCGAAUGACACUGCAGUAAACUUGAGCUAUUUCAACGCUCGACGAGUUCGAGUUUGA